AUGCGGUUGGAUUAUCCAGAACUUUUUAUGGACAAAAGUGAUGACGGGUCGAAUUUGGGGACGAAUUCCUUUGUAGUAGGGGAGAAUUGUAACGACCCGGUUCNACUUGAGGAUAUGUUGAGGGCGUGCGUACUUGACUGGGAGGGAAACUGGCUUAAGUAUAUACCGUUGAUGGAAUUUGCAUAUAACAAUAGUUAUCACUCCAGCAUAGGGAUGCCACCGUACGAGGCUUUAUACGGUCGACCAUGCCGCACACCACUUUGUUGGACAGAAGUCGGGGAACGUAAGGACCUAGAGCCCGAGAUGGUCACAGAGACUAUAGAGCAAGUGGAACUGCUCCGGGACAGGCUUAAAGAAGCCCAUGACAGGCAAAAAAGUUAUGCAGACAAACGUCGGAAGGAUUUAGAAUUUUCGGUUGGUGAUGCAGUGCAUUUAAAAAUGAGAAUAUUCAGAGGAGCGCAUAAAAACCGGAAGUUAAAGAAGCUUAAACCAAGAUAUAUGGGACCAUAUGUGAUUACAGAAAAGAUUGGGGCUGUAGCUUACCGUUUAGCACUACCUCAGGAGUUAUCUAAUUUCCAUGAUGUUUUCCACGUGUCAGUUUUGCGGAAAGUUGUUAGAGAACCAGAAUUAGUAUUACCGAAUCCGCCGGCAGAUUUAAACCGGAAUUUAACUGCAUUGAGUAAACCUGUGGAAAUUUUGGACCGUCAGGAAACGGAAAGUCAAGGGAAAGUAAUCAAGUCUGUCAAGGUAUGUUGGGAAAGAGAUGGGAUCCGAGAGGAUACUUGGGAAUCAGAAACGCAAAUGCGGUUGGAUUAUCCAGAACUUUUUAUGGACAAAAGUGAUGACGGGUCGAAUUCGGGGACGAAUUCCUUUGUAGUAGGGGAGAAUUGUAACGACCCGGUUCCAGAAUUAAACCGUGAGGCCCAAACCGAGCCCAUUAGUGAGCCAAGCCCAAACCAAACCCUAAUCUCCCCGCGUGUGUAUAUAAAAAAGGGACAAACUUCGAGACAAGCCUCACAAACCCUUGGCCGUCACGUUCCACGCACCACUAGAGACACCGGAGAUUGUCACCGCGCUCAGCCUGUGCCGCCGUGUGAAACGUCUUCACCGGAGAGAUCUGUGUUGCCGAGUCUUCCACUUCGCCGUUCAGUUCGUCAAGUCGUCGCGGAAAGUUGCAGAACGAGAUUGAGAUCAUUGUCGUUGUUGGAUUGGAUUUCUGUUGUUGCUGGUCUUUACUCGAGAACCAACCCAAUUUGCUAA